AUGUCUGUGAGGCAACCGAGAUCUGCCCACAUCAGGGCUGCGCAUUCGAAUGGCUCAGAGACGACCAUCGAGACGACCAGACCAGGACAGUCCAUGGAACUAGUCGGAGGCAGCAACGACGAUGGUGACGAUUUGAGCGCUCUCGAGCGUAUAAUCACUCCCUCCGAUGCUCAGGUAGCAAUGAGGCCGGUUUCGAGGAAGAAGCAAACCAGUAUUCUGCUGUGCGCCUUUUUCGAUGUCUUCGUCACUAUCGGCCUCAACCAGGCGUAUGGUGUGUUUCUGAACCACUAUCUUUCCAUGGCUAGUAGCGAUAAAGACCCAUUCCUGCCCAAAAGCGAGGUCACGAAUAAAGCCAUGGUCGCCUUUGUCGGGACCCUGGCCGCUGGUCUGACCUGGGGUGGCAGCAUCUUCGUCAACCCCAUCAUGGCGCGGACUAAAGAUCCGAGGUAUAUCACUGGAGCGGGAGCUAUCUUGGUGGGACUGGGCUAUGUUCUUGCUAGCUUUUGCAAUCGUAUCUGGCAAUUGCUCUUGACACAAGGCUUCAUCUAUGGAGUCGGGACGUCUUUGCUGUAUUUCCCAGUCGUAUCUGUCGCCCCAGAAUACUUCGAUGCACAUCGGGGCUCAGCAAUGGGCAUCAUUCUGUCAGCGGCUGGUCUCGGUGGACUUGCAUAUGCACCUGCAGCACGCGCACUGCUGUCAAAGUUUGGAGCGGCCUGGACACUUCGAAUCUUCGGACUGGUCAAUUUCGGAAUUUCGAUCCCAGUAGCAUUGUCUACACCACCGUCUCGAAGUCUGACAAAGAGACCAACCCUCGUGGACGCCAAGUUGGCCAAACGAGGCACUUUUAUCCUGCAAGCUGUUGCGGCGAUGGCGCAGGCUGCGGGUAACUUUGUGCCAUUGACCUUUUUGCCCGAGUUUAGUACGAGACUGGGAUACACCGCUGCAUUUGGCGCAGCACUUCUUGCUCUCAACAAUGCUGUCAACACGGUAAGUCGUAUCGGUAUGGGUUUUGUUGCCGAUAGUUUUGGUAGGCAGAAUACCCUGGUCCUCAGUGUUCUUGGAAGUGCGAUCACGGUAGUCGCAUUCUGGUUGUCUAGUGCUCAUGCAGAUGACAUGGCUCUAUGGAUUACGUUUGUGAUAACGUAUGGCGUAUUUGCAGGAGGUUAUAAUUCUUUAUUUCCCACUACUGUGAUUGAGGUGUUUGGGCCCCAAGCAUAUGCAUCUGUGAGUGGAUUCAUCUACUUCAUACGAGGUCUUGGAGCCCUUUGGGGUUCACCGGUCGGCGGUGUGCUGGUCACGGAUGGUACUGGGCCACAGGCAUAUAUCACGCUGAUCUGGUACGAUUUUGCACUAUUGAUGCUGUCCAGUAUCUGUGUCAUUGGGGUUCGCGGAUUGGACGCCGUCGACAAAGGUCAAUUCAAGCUCAAAGCAUGA